GCUUGGACAUCUUCCCACAAACAGAUUAAGUCCAACACCUUUGAGUGGUCUCUCACAGCUGCCACUGGUGCAAGCCAGUGAAUUUAGAAGCAUCUCUUAACUGGCAGUGCGUUAACCUCCAUGCUUGCCAGGAAGACCAUUCAGUCAAACAGCUUUACCAUUGUUAAAGGUCAUCUGCAGCAUAUUUCUCUUUCUCUUCAUAAUCUGUAGAGGAAAAAAUGCAGGCACUGCCAGUUUUAGCUCAGGUAGAAGCCCCGUUUGCUCCUAAGCAGCAGACCUAGGCUUGGGAGUGACUUUUGCACUGUAGAUUGUAGGCAAAAACUGUUGGGUUGUAGAGAUGACAUUUUCAGCCAUUCUACGGGGAGUGCUACUGAAGAGUGAUCUUAUAGUGCUCUAAUUUAAGAACGGCAAGUUGAUGUCUCUAGCAGAGUUUUUACCUACAGCACACAGUGUGGAUUUCAGUUUGCACUAGUCAUCGCCAAGGCUAUCUAGCCUCCAGGGAGCUGCUGCUGAAAUGAAAUGUAAUAGCCUCCGGGGUGCUUUUUAUUUCACAUCACAAAUUACAUGAAUAAAAAAGAGUGUUUGAACAUAAACAGAGUCCUUCCAUUGACUUCAGUGGGAGCUGGAUCAUGUCUGUUAGGUUGGAAUCAGGUCUUCAAACACAAAACAUGCAUCCAGGAAACAAAAUCUCUUAUUUCGGCUGCAUACUGCUGAACCUGUGUGAUCCUGUACAGUCCAGCACCAGCUGGCCCAUAGCAGCUGCUUCAGGAAGUGUCUAAAUUGGGGAUGAGUGAUUGAUCUCUUUUCACCUGGGCUGGGAUGGAGAGAGGAAAUCUUUUUCUGUAUCUGAUGAAGUGGGUUUUAGGCCACAAAAGCUUAUGCCCAAAUAAAUUUGUUAGUCUCUAAGGUGCCACAAGUACUCCUAUUCUUUUUUCUGAGACUGUAAUUCUCCUCCUGUCUUUGCUCUGGCUUGUAUAUGGCCUUGGCCUGGAUAGUUGUUGUUUUUUUUGUUUGUUUGUUUUUGAAAAACAAAAACAACCACCUAGGGCUUUAAUAUGUAAGAAGAAAAUACUAGCCUCCUCUCUGGAUGUCAGUUGUACUCUGUUGUUGUCCUAGGGCUUGAUUUUCAGAGGUCCUGAACCCCAGGAGCUCCCAUUGACUUCAGUUGGAGUUGUAGAUGCUUAGGCCUGCUAAGGCCCCAUGUCUUACCAUGGAUUUCCUGAUUUCAAAAUCCCUCAUAAGCAGGAAGCUGGACGAAUGGCCUCAGUUACGCAAUAGGCCAAAGAGCUUGUGUGGAAGGGUCCUCCAUGGGCUGGAUGUCCUAGUGGUUAGUGCCCACUCAGCUGGUGAGGGAUAGUAGGGGAGCCUCAGCCCACCCACUCCACCGGGCUCAUCCGAGGACCCUAGGAGGGUCAGUGGCACAGAACCCUGAGGAGGGUUGUGGACCCUUUUGUGUUACCUUCCCUGGGUUGCUUCCUAACUCUGCUUUCUCCGCUUCCAGUCCCAGUUAAGGAGAAAGAAAAUAGAAAAGGGAAACCAAACUAUUUGCUCCAACCGGGCUCAGCACACAGGCUCCUGCGAAAGAUUACAUUUGGAUCUUCUGAAAAACAGAGACUUUUUUCGCCAUGAAUGCAAGAAAAGACUCUUGGGAGAACAGCAGAAUGAGAUGUUUCAAAGCGCCACAUAUCUGCACAGCAUUAUCCUUAGUAAUGCUGUUCCUAUCAGUCACUGGAACGUCAAAGCAAAAUAUCCCAAGACUUAAACUUUCCUACAAAGACUUGCUGCUUUCAAACAGCUGUAUCCCAUUCCUGGGCUCAGCGGAGGGGUUUGAUUUUCGGACCCUGCUGCUAGAUGAGGAGAGGGGCCGGCUGCUAAUCGGAGCUAAAGACCACAUCUUUCUGCUCAGCUUGGUUGAUUUAAACAAAAAUGUAAAAAAGAUUUACUGGCCUGCAGCAAAAGAGAAGGUGGAAGUAUGCAAACUAGCUGGGAAAGAUGUGCAGACAGAAUGUGCAAAUUUUAUCAGGGUUCUUCAGCCCUACAACCGGACACAUGUUUAUGUCUGUGGCACAGGAGCCUUUCACCCUGUGUGUGGAUACAUUGAGCUUGGAAUACACAAAGAGGAAACAGUAUUCAGACUGGACACUCAGAACCUGGAGCCUGGCAGGUUGAAAUGUCCUUUUGAUCCUCAUCAGCCAUUUGCUUCAGUAAUGACAGAUGACUACCUCUAUGCUGGAACAGCUUCUGAUUUCCUUGGCAAAGAUCCAGCUUUAACACGUUCUCUGGGCCCUUCUCACGACCACCAUUACAUCAGAACUGACAUUUCCGAACAUUACUGGCUUAAUGGAGCAAAAUUUAUUGGAACCUACCCCAUCCCAGACACAUAUAACCCAGACGACGACAAAAUUUAUUUCUUUUUCCGAGAAAUAUCGCAAGAUAGCAGCACGUCUGACAAAGCGAUCCUUUCCCGAGUUGGAAGAAUUUGUAAGAAUGAUAUGGGAGGUCAACGGAGCCUAAUAAACAAAUGGACAACUUUUCUGAAAGCAAGACUGGUGUGUUCGAUACCUGGCCCUGAGGGGGCAGACACAUACUUUGAUGAGCUACAAGAUAUAUUCUUACUUUCCACAAGAGAUGAGAGAAACCCUCUAGUAUAUGGAGUCUUCACUACUACAAGUUCUGUAUUCAAGGGCUCUGCGGUUUGUGUAUACAGCAUGGCUGAUAUGAGAGCUGUUUUCAAUGGCCCUUACGCUCACAAAGAAAGUGUGGAUCAUCGAUGGGUACAAUACGAAGGACGUAUCCCAUACCCCCGGCCUGGUACAUGUCCAAGCAAAACUUAUGACCCGUUGAUUAAAUCUACCAGAGAUUUUCCAGAUGAUGUCAUUAGUUUUAUAAAACGCCAUCCAUUGAUGUACAAGUCAGUUUACCCGGUGACUGGAGGACCUGUAUUUACUAGAAUCAAUGUGGACUACAGGCUGACGCAGAUUGUGGUGGAUCAUGUCAUGGCAGAAGAUGGGCAAUAUGAUGUUAUAUUCCUAGGCACAGACACAGGAACGGUACUGAAAGUUGUGAGUAUUACAAAGGAGAAGUGGACUAUGGAGGAGGUAGUCCUGGAAGAGCUGCAGAUUUUCAAGCAUCCAACAUUUAUCUCAACUAUGGAGAUGUCCCUGAAGCAGCAACAAUUGUACAUUGGUUCCAAAGAUGGAUUGGUUCAGCUUUCCCUGCACAGAUGUCACACGUAUGGGAAGGCUUGUGCAGACUGCUGCCUUGCCAGAGACCCAUACUGCGCUUGGGAUGGAAACUCGUGUUCCAGAUAUGCACCAACUUCUAAAAGGCGAGCCAGGAGGCAAGAUGUCAAAUAUGGAGACCCAGUCGCUCAGUGCUGGGAUGUGGAAGAAAGCAUUAGUCAUGAAACUGCUGAUGAAAAGGUGAUUUUUGGCAUUGAAUUUAAUUCAACUUUUCUGGAAUGCAUUCCUAAGUCCCAGCAAGCCUCGAUUAGGUGGUAUAUUCAACGCUCUGGAGAAGAACACCGAGAAGAGCUGAAGGCUGACGAGAGGAUCAUCAAAACAGAAUACGGGCUGCUGAUCCGCAGCCUGCAAAGAAAGGACACAGGGGCGUAUUACUGCAAAGCACAGGAACACACAUUCAUUCACACCAUCAUGAAGUUAAAUUUGAAUGUCGUAGAGAACGGGCACAUGGAAAGCACUCAGAAAACGGAGGAUGAAGAGGGACGGGGGAGAGAUUUGCUUACUGAGUCGCGGCUGAGGUACAAGGAUUACAUCCAACUCGUCAGCAGCCCCAGUUUCAGCCUGGAUGAGUAUUGUGAACAGAUGUGGCACCGAGAGAAGCGACGGCAGCGGAACAAAGGUGGGGCAAAAUGGAAGCACAUGCAGGAGAUGAAGAAAAAGCGAAAUCGAAGGCACCAUGAACCUGUCAGCAGCCCACAUGCUAGGCCUACAUCUACGUAGCUUUUAUAUUCUAUUUAAAGAAAGGACAUUUAACAUGCAAAAAUACUGUGUUCUGUUUUGUGCAUCCUUCCUAUUAAUUAAUAUUGCUUCACACUGAGAUUAGAUAAUGUACAGUCAUUAUUGGUCUGUACAGGACUGCACUGUAAUACUGGAAUAUUAUAGCAAAUAACAAAUUGCCCGCAUUCAAGGCAAUAAUUCCAAAUCUGGGUUUUUUCCCAGAAAUUCAGAUUUUGCAGCUAACAGUGAGAAGCUGAUUCGUGACAUAUGUCAUGUGGGUGUUCCAUGGCUUCCCUGGCUUAAUUUUUAUAUGAGAUUUAAAGUCUGUGUUACAGUGCAUUAUUAAUUGACUGCUACAUUCCACCCAAGAGUUGGCUGCAGUUCAGGGGUAUGUGGAUGUAUUUGUAAAACUGCUCGGGGGUCUUGUAAGGAUGGGAGGUGCCAUAUAGAUACAGGCCAUUUUGUGACAGAUCUGCAAAACUAUACUAAAUUACCCAUUGGACAUAUAUUUAGGUACAUGGGUGGCAUUUGCUAACACAGAGAAGCAAAGCAAAAAAUCAAAUUAAAUAUAAGCUUAGAAGUAACACUCGUUUUCCCCUUUUAAAAAUGUAAUCACAUUUUAAGAGGAGGAGAUGCAGAGCUUUAUUCAUUAGGGCAUAAGCAGCCUCUAGUUUGCAGUCCAUCUGCUGAAAUGAAAUUUUGACUCAAUUGAAACUGCCAGCAAGGUACUCGAGAGUAAAUUUCGUAAGAAGCACCUGGGAGGUACAUGCACAAACCCUAUUAACAAAUAAUGGGAUUUCUGCCUUCACCUCUAUUGUCUCGCUGAAGAUUUUACCCUGAAUGUCUCCACUCACCUCUACAACUCUAACCCCCGUCUGGCUUCAUUUUCUGGAGUAUGGUUAGUUUGUUGUAGAAAAAAAGAGGAAUGGAGAACACAUACGCACAAAAACCCUCCCGAACUUGAUGACAAAAGACAAUGAGGGAAACAUAUUUGGCGACAGACAGAAACUGACAGUGCUCUUACGCCAGAUAUAACAUUGGGGAGAGAGCAGACAUUCCUCAGACUUGUGUAUUUGUUUUGUAAAAGCUCUUGUGUAUUUCAAACAAGGCAUUGUGUUGUUGGAAUUAAUACUUUUUUAUUAUAAUUAAAUAAAAACAAAAAAAGCCCA